AUGGAAGUUGCUUUGACCUUUGACCCAGAUUACAAAGAUGUCAUCACUCCCCCCUACAUGAUCUACUUGAAAUCUGAUUACUUGCCUUGUGUUGGAGGCCUGAUCCACCCACUUUGGGUGAUCACAGAUGCACACUGUAACUUACCGAAGCUUCAGUUAAUACUGGGGGUUACAAAACCAUCAAAUCUAAAAGAAGAAAAGCAUAUACAAGUGGUUGGUUAUGAGAAGAUGAUUCAUCAUCCACAAUUCUCCAUCACUUCUAUUGAACAUAACUUCAUGGUAAUCAAGCUGCAAACCCAUAUUGAACUCAAUGACUAUGUGAAACUGGCCAGCCUGCCCAAAGAACCUGCCACUGAAGACAUCAUGUGCACUGUCUCCACCUGGACCUACAAUGUGUGUGAUCUCUACAAGGACCCCGACUCACUGCAGAAUGUCAAUAUCUCUGUAAUCUCCAAGACUGAGUGGCACGAAGCCUAUAAAACCUACAACAUCAGAGAUAGUAUGAUGUGCAUGGGCAUCGUGCCAGGAAGGAGGCUGCCCUGCAAGGAAGUCACAGCUGCCCCUGCCAUGUGCGAUGGGGUACUUCAAGGAAUCCUGACUUUUGCAGAUGGAUGUGUUUUAAGAGCCGAUGUUGGCAUCUAUACCAGAAUCAUUAACUACAUACCCUGGAUUGAAAAUACCAUCUGGAACAACUGA